AUGAGCGAUGGCACGAAACUGGUCGGCGUGAUUGGGGACGAAGACACGGUCACGGGCUUCAUCCUCGCGGGCAUUGGCCAUCGCACCGCCGAGGGCACGAACUUCCUUGUCGUCAAAUCCACCACUCCGGUGUCUGCUAUCGAAUCCAGUUUCCGGUCCCUAACAAGUCGCGAUGAUAUCGGGAUCUUGUUGAUCAACCAGCACGUGGCUGAAGAGAUUCGUCACCUUCUCAACACCUACGACAAGACCAUUCCAACGGUGCUGGAGAUUCCAAGCAAGGACUCGCCUUACGAUCCUACGAAGGAUUACAUCAUGAAGCGAGUGAACCUCAUGCUGGGAGAGUGA